UUAAACGGAAAAUCAAUUCGAUCUGUCGAAACGAACGGUAUUUGUACACUCGUAAAAAUAAUCCUGAUAAGAGGCAGAAAGGGAGACGAGUCGGUCUUUCCACUAAAGUCCCCUUCCUUUGGAGAAAAAGGCAGCGAUGUUUGGUAACGCCCAACGAUUAACCGUCACGUUUCUCCCAAUGAUGUUAUUAAACACUCUCUAGCAAAGUAAAGUUCUUCAAUAUACAUUUAUAUUACGCGUAAAUCACUUUUGGAAGGUCUACUGCGUUACUUCCAUUGAAUCGCUUUGGCACGUAAAUCACAAAUAUGAAGGAAAAUCGAUUCAUACGGGAAGAAAAUACCUCGAAAUAAUGACUAACCUACAGCGUCGAAGCAAGAAGACAACCGUUAUACAAUCCUACGUCAGAGGAAUUCUCGGAAGGAAAUGUAGUAGCUAGCGUGGAGUGGGGGGCGAGGCGGGGAGGGAAGCGGAAUUGCUCACAGUUGUGCAAUUACUAUUUCAAAUUAUUAUUUCUAAUCGUAAGUAAACGAGAUACAAUAAAAAUUCUCUUGUUUAUUUACAUAAGAACGAAACUCUGAACGUUGUUAUUACUCGUAUCGAUCGUCGAUACGUCGAUGUACCGACGCGACGUCGUGAAAUUCAAUUUCACGUAUCGAUUCUACCAUUCAGGUACUUAACCUUGAAUGAACUGUCUUAACUGAAAACAUUGCUCUCUGACGCAUUCGAUGGAUUAACAUUAUAAUAAAAAUGAGGAGAAGGUUAUGUAGCAAACGUUUGUAAAUGUUUUAAUUAACUUGAUUCAAUAUUUAAUAUUUCUAGAUCGAAAGAGGGAGGUUAUAUUUUUCUUUUUUUCUUUUUUUCCAUGGAAAAGUUGAAGAUAAAACGAUAACAAACGUCAGGGCGGUCAGGAUAAGAGCGAGUGAGAGACGAUAGACGCAAUCUUCAAAAUAAUUUAUUAAAAAUGUCGCAUAUUCGAUAUACGAAUUGGGUCACAACUAAACACAAUGGCAACAGGAAAUAAUCGCGAUAAGAUUACAACUACCAUGGACGAGGAAGGAAUACCUUACGACGAUCCACGCUUCGUCGAAAUUCUGGAAGCUUGCCUGCACGUGGAAAUUGCCGCCUAUAAAGAAUCAUACGGCAAAACUCAGGCUGAAAUAAGGAAGAUAAAAAGAAACGUUCUAAUGAAGCUCGAGAAGAGAAAGGAGCUUAAGAAAAAGAUAGAAGAUGCGGAAGAUGUAAUAUCGAUGUCGAACGUUACUUUAAAAAGAUUGCGGGAAGAUGUGAGAGAAACGAAACAAAGGAUCGAAUUGAUCGAAGCGAAUGUCGACGAUCGUUCGAAAUUAAUGUCGUACGAGAUGCAACGAUAUCGAGAGAUUCUAAAUGAAUACAAGAAAACAUGGCAAUCCUAUCACACCGAAUACGAGGAUUUUCCGUUGGCUAAGAAACGAAAGGAAAGGGAGAUCGAGCUGAAGAAGGUUUCCAUCGAGAAAAUGGUAUUGGAAUUUAAGUUGAACGAGUUGAAGAUGAAAUGCGAGCAAAAGAAGAAGAUCGAUGAAAUAAGGACGAGGUUAAAAAUAAUAGAAUUAGCUAAAGCUAUGGUAAAUAACGAGAAAUUGGAGGGAAAAUUGGUUGACCUGAGGAACGAAAUCGAUCAUUGCAAGCGACAACUACAUUCGAGGGAACUAGAGUUAAAAUCAUUGCGAAGACGAGAGGAGGAGGAUAGGAAGGAACGAGCUAUGAAACUGUUGGAGAUGCCACCGCCGAAAAUAAAUUUGUCACGAGUACGAUUAAAUUAUUCGCGCAAGUGGCAAGAUUUAGAGAUAAGAAAAGAAAUGCCACCUGUCGAUUCCGAUUCGAUGUCGGUUAACACGAUCGCCUUGGAGGAGAUGUGUAUAAGCGACGAUAUUACCGCCGAGGAUACGGCCAACAAGGAGCUUGCCAUUUCUAUUUCGAUGGACGAUCGACGACGAAAACGAUCGACGAAUCUUUUCUUCGACUAUGAAAUAAAGGAAAAGGGAGCGCGCGAUCCAAAGAGUACAGAAAAUUUUCCGGUAGCAACGUCUUUGGAAAAGACGCAAAAGUUAUCGUCCUUUUCGAGCAACGCGGAAUCGAUCGGCAAACAGACGAGCUACAAAGGAAAAGACGAACAGAAACGAUCUACGAUGGCGAUGGACGCGGAAGAAGAAUGUGCUAUUAAUUACGAGGAAAAUCGAUUUUCGAACGAUCUGUGCCAGCCGAAAAGAAUGAAAUUUGUUCGAAACGACGAAAAGCACGAUGAACAUAUAGAUAUCGAAUUGUCGCAAACGUCGAAAAGGUCCACUCGCUGUCCGCGAAUCACGAAGAUCGAGAAAGUGCAAUACGGCGUGACGUCUUUGACGAAACGCAAAAACGUACUACUUGACGGCUCGAAAUCGUUCCUUUCUUCGAAUAAUUUCGAUUAUGAGACUAACGCGAGUCGUGCGACAUCCUUCGUGUUAAACGAAGCGCUGAUGAUCAAAGAUUUAAACGACUCGAAAUCGGCCCAGCGUUCCAUGUACGACGACAAUUCGAGGAACUUUGUGUUGUCCGAUUGUGCGAAUGCUUCGAAUAUAGCCGAUAUAGAUAUAAAUAUGGAAUCCGUCGAUGUGAAUUGCGAGAAAAUCGAUCGCAAGGAAGACGAGAAAGAAGCGUCGCCGCAAGUCGCUCCUCGUUUCAACUUCUCCGAUCUGCUCAAAUUGAAAACCGAUAAUAAUUUUCGUAUCUUUUGAAGUACCCCGUAAGUAAGUAUUCCCGUUUGAGUUUCAUAAAGCCAUUAGUUUUGACAACGGUUCGAACGACAUUUAACUCGUUACGUUCAAUUAAUGGACAAGACCAGAUGUAAAAGAUAUAAAAGAACGUUCAUUAAGUACGAGCCAUAGUUCUACUAUUUUACUCGAGGAAACCUUUUAUUUUACAACCAUCGCGUAAUAUUGAUAUCGUUCGCAAUUUUACUCGUAUCGUUAUAAAGUUAGUUAACGGUAUCGAAUAACAUUGGAGCAAAGCAUUAUGAUCGCGUAGCGAGCCAACCAAAGAGUCCCUGUGCGAGAACCGACCGUAUUAAAUUUCACGCAUCGCACAGCACCGAGUAACGCGAUAUAUCUUAUGUAAACUUUGAUAUAACUCGAUGUACAAACGAUAUGUAUUUUAGGACACGUU